AUGCACGGCAUUCAAAGCAAACCCUUCUAUCGAUACCAGCAUGGUCCAUACACGGCUGACCUAUUCGAGAUGAUCGACUCAUCCAAGAAACUCGUCGAGUACUUCAAGCGCUUGAACCUACAAAGCAAGCUGACCAAAACACUCAAACAAGAGAAUGUCACACGUUGGAACUCACUGGUAUGUUGCCUGUGUAGCAUCCUUGAUAUGUUAGAUGAAAUCGUAAUUGUUCUACAAGAAAAGAAUGUGAUCCACAAGCUGAACGCCAUCCAACAAGAUCUUUUGAACGAGUUCACUGUAUUCCUUGAGAUGUUCCAACAUGCGACACUGGAAAUGGAGGUGUUCAAGCGCCCAACAUUGCACAAGGUCGCAUUUUGGCACCAUCGUUUACAACAACAUAUGAAGCUGGUUCGUGUCGACAUCAUGGACCCGAAUGAUCCAAGUAGAGUAAAGACAAAGAAAGAUUAUGAUCCGAUAAUCUCCCUCAAGGAGAUCAUCCAGCCCAUCUUCGAGGAGAAGUUCGUGCUCCAGCCCAUCCAUGUCGUUGCGAUGAUGCUCGACCCGAUCAUGAAGAUGCGUUUGCGUGGGUUGGGUAUCAAUGUUGAUCAAAUUGAUGAGGCCAAGGAGAAGUUGAAGGCAUACAUGAUCAAGUAUAGCCAUGGCCUUAACUGUGUCAUCGAUGAAGAUGACGAUGACAAUGAUAAGUUGAAGACAUACAUGAUCAAGAAGGCACAGAUAAACACCACCGCCUCCUACUCAGUUAACGACGACUUGCCUGAAGAUGAUGACGAGCCUGAGAUGGCCGCCACCAUUACCCGUAACAGCUUGCAAGUCAAAGCUGGCCUAGAGUUCAUGGCCUACAUGGCGAAUAGGGUCAGUCCACAAGAACAGAAGAUGUGCGGCGACGAGGAUGGGGAGUUCGAUGUCCUGAAGUGGUGGGGGCUCAUGGGCAUCAAGGCAUUCCCGAUCAUUGCACUUGUCAUGCGCUCUAUUUUAUGCAUUUCGGCCGCCAACACCAUGUCUGAGAACAACUUUCAGACGCCGCCAACACACUGA